AUGAAAUGGGGAGGAAAUAUACUCCCACGAACUGUUAAACAGAUUGCAAGUGAGACAUUAUAUGAUUAUACAACGUAUAUUCUUGAUAACUUUAUUCUCCCCACUUGGCUUUAUCCUUUUACGAAAGUUUAUGUAACUUUUGCUACAUGCUUACUAUUCACAAACUUUCAUCAAGCAGGAACAGGUGUUAAACCACUCGAAGUUUUCUUAAAUCUAUACGCAACAGCAUUAGAUGAAACAUGGGCUACAAUUAAUUUUAUUAUUAAUAUGAUUUUAUUUGUUAUUAUAUACUCUAGUAUUAUUAUUUGUUCCAUUAUCUAUUCCACCAAGAAUCGUAUGCCCAGAUGGUCCACAGUUUUUAAUGUUAUUUGCAUUGAGCUUCUUAUGCCAUUCAGAUUAUUGACGACAGGAAGCCAAAUCGGAAAUAAUGUAGGUCUUUUAUACGAUUCCAUCACAAACACAAAAAUUUGGAUCUAUACAAUUAUUUCAAUAUUAUGGGUAGUUAUCACCUUCGUUUUCGACUAUUACUUCCAUUCAUCCUACAUUCCAUUUAUUUCUGGUCGUUCGUCGGCAUUAACUCCAGUAUUUCAGAGUUUCGAGUUAGAUAUCAUAAUUGUCAUCAGAAUUUUGGCAAGAUCUGCGAAUGCAACCAUUGGUACAGUAGUUGCAAAGGUUUGCCGUGUCCUAAUUGCUAUCUUGUUAGCAAUUGGUGUAUUUACAAUUGUAUUUUACAAUAUCUACCACUCUAGGACAUAUUCUGCCUUCAUCUCUGCUGUAUUCUGCGCAGGAUUUGUUCUUGAUAUAAUUGGAAUCUUCAUUAACCUCGAUUGGAUUAUUAGAUUACUUAUCUUCUUCGGUAUCAUAUUAAUUGGAACAUUCACUAUAAAUGAAAUACUAAAAGCACAACAGAAGAAGAUAUAUGAGACAUUCACUGCUUUGGAAAACGAUGAAAUCUCAUUUGAAGAUGUAUUUCCAAAAAUAAACGGAAAGUACUUAAGAUACUGUUAUGAUGCAUUUAAGCUAGCACAUCCAUAUCUUCUAACAUUCAAACCACUUGUUGAGGGUGCUCAUAAUGAAAAUACAAAUUCAAAAGUUUGGAUGUUUUAUCUUCGUGUCCUUUCCAUAUACAACAGUCGUAUAUAUGAUCUAAUGAACGCUUGCUCAGAAUUCAAGAGACUUUCAUUCCCAGGUAUGGAAUCAUUUUUGUUCGAACGAGGCAUGGAACACAUUAUUGAAUACAGAUCUCCAAAAGUAACAAAGCAAUGUAAAACAAUCCUGAAGAACAUUCAAGCGCAAUCUCGUAUGCUCAAAGGAACAAUUGUUAAAUAUUGGGAAGCAAUUGAAGGAGAUUCUCCAGGAGGAGCUUAUGCAUAUGGUGCUUCAGCACAGAGACAAAUGGACCAGAUAGAAAAGAUGUAUGAUUCAGCAUUAACAAAAUGGCCAAAUGCAUCAUUGAUCUACAAAUCAUAUUCACGAUUCCUUAAUCACAUCUGCAACAAUCGAAUGAAAGGCGAACAAUAUGCAGCACUUGGCAAUGUUACAAGAAAGAUCGAUUUGAUUGAAAUUUGUGCAAAGAGAUUGUUCCCAUUGUUACCUUUGGUUCUUCAAGAUCCAGAAAAUAUAAUGAAAGAAGAAGCUCAGAACAAGAAUGAUGGCGCUUCUGUUUUAUCAGCAUCUGUUUCAGGUUCAUCUUCGAAUAGCUUGGAAGAAAACGAAGAAUGA